CGUCCACACCAGUGCCAGUGUCUGUUUCUGUGGUAUGGGCCACUGCAGGACUCAGCCAGAUGCCAUCGGUUUCAUUAACAUUAGCAGUAGUUUCCAUUUCUUCAUCUUCAGUCACCUGCCCAUCCGGGACAUUCUCAGCAGAUAGACCUAGUAUAACAGGAGAAAACAGAAUAAUGAUAAUAAUAAUAACAAUAAUAGAAGGGAUAGUAAUCAGAAUUGAGGUCCAUACUUACAUUGCUUGUCCUUUCGUGCAUGUGUCAAGUGGGUUCUAAGAAUAUAUGUUGGCUCAAAGUCCACAGUCCCUUCCGAACAAUUUAACGUGCAAUAUCCUACAACAAGAAAUGAUUUAAAAAUUAAUGAGUAGUGACAUGCACUUUCAAAAAAAUAAAGGAGUCAAUUUAAAAUUAAAAUACUUACCAUAAGCAGAUGUAGGGAUGUCUAUCGAGACCAUAACCUUCCCUCUGUGCUUGGCUCCCCGUUCUGUGCAACAGAGUCCCGGAUGAGUGACCAAGUUGCCCAGGCACAGGUCCACAAUUUUCGUGAACAGGGUUUUGGGGGCAUGUGAGUAAUCACCCUUUAGAUAAUUUAGGGUGGCCCCAUUCAAAUAUACUCUACUCCCAUUCACCACUGGCAUCUGAAAUAUUAUUUUAAAGGAUUAGACAUGCAAAUUUAUUCAAAAGGAAUUUUCAUCACAGGUAAAACAAUGAGGCAAUUUUCCAUGGUUUGCUUACAUCACCAGGCUCCAUUUUCCAGCAUUGCAGAUUGUCCAUUUUCUCCUGCAAAGCUUCUUUUUCUGCUGGCUGCAGGCGCUUGGGUAGGCGGCAAACUUUUUUUUUUGGUGGGACAGCAGGGACUUGAUCUGAAAAAAUUCACAUAUAACUAUAAAUUUUCUAGGCAUACAUGAAAACUGCAGAAAUUUUAACUCUGACACAUACCUCCAUCCGCAAUACUUUGAGCCAUGUCUUGAAGGUGUCGCUCUCGUUGGGCAGGACCAGAGUCUGCCUUUGCCCUCUGUCUUUCCUUGUGGAUUGAUUGUACGGCAUAAGGAGGAGGUGGGUCUCCAGGCUGGUAGACUUUUCCAUGCUCAUCUACCUUCAGUUUGUCUAGUUUCGCCUUUGCACCUAAGGAGGAAGUAAGAAAAAAAAACAUAGAGUGACAAAACAAGAAAUAAAGUAUUCACGAUUUGCACAAAAUUUUUGCACUUACCAACGGCGAGGACCUGAACAGAGAACACCUCUCGUGAUCUCCCGGGUUUCACGUCUACCUUGGCACCAACUUUCAAGGCCGCACCUGCCCUUUGUCCACCACGCCUUUGCCCUUGCAGAAGCACAACGUCCUCGCGGUAGACGUUGGCGGCAGGCGGCUUUGCGUGGAAGCCCAAGAAGUAGAUGAAUUGGACAGAACGCACCAUGGUUGUCGCUCGUAGAUCCUGAGGGCACGGCACACACACAUUACGAUUACAAUCAGAGUCAGCAAAUAUUAACCGAAAAUAUAAUUUAACGUAGGGUUUGAACGCUAGAAACUAUUCAAGACAGUAAACAUAUUACAAUAACAACAAAAUUACUCCCUAAAAUCAUGUUUUUACACUCACGGAACAGUAGAGGCACACAGGUAGAACAGGUGCCGGACCGGAAAUGUGCUCAACUUUAAAAUGUAAACAUUGCUGGCGUGCAGAAUUUCCGUAUUUCCCCACAUGCACAGAGUACCAUCACUUAGGUUAAAAUUUUAAAACUCACCUGUGUUUUUUGUGGAAGAUGAAGGGUUUUUUUAGAACUAUAAAAUUUAAUAGUAUCUUCGUUAUAGUUUCACGGGAAACUCGGACUGAUUUGUAUUGGUUGCAACCAGCCGGGCCCGCGGGUCGGGUGUCGGGUGCGUGUUGGCGGUGCUGAGCUGAGUCCCGUCCCUGCGGACCUUGGGGCUGCGGCCGUGCCUCGCUGUGUUGUUGUUUUGUACCGGGAGAAGUUGCGGACCGCACUUUUAUUCCUAACAUUACAUUACCCCACCAAAAUGCAACGUGACGACGAAUCAAGGCGCGGACCGAAAAGGCCUGCCCCGUCCACGGAGUCGCCUCCCCGUGAUGACGAUGAACAUCGCCCAGGUGUCCAACCAGAGGUAAUGGAUCCUCUGGCUCGAGCGCAACUCCGUAACUUCCCUUCCACGGGCUUCCAAGGUGCAAAAGGUUUCACAUCUCAACCAACAGAUUUCAGCCCUAAGACCUUCAUUUCAGGUGAAUUCCAAGGUCUAAAUUUUGAACGAGUGGAAGCAAAAUUUACUGCGGGAAGUGAGUUUGCAAGCCAGAGUACUGGUCAAUUCGCAUCAACACCAGCUACAUUUGAUGCCACUAGCCAUCCGUCAACAUCUCAUGAGCAUGAGGAAUUGAUUUUUUCUGACACUCUACAGCAUACUGACAAAACCAGGACUGUCGGCCUAGAACAAAGUAUAUUUAGGAUCACUUCUACACCAUACGAAAGUAUAAAUGUUUCUCAUUCUGAAGAAUUUCACCAUGCUAUGGCACAAGAAGUUCCAGCAUUGGGCCAAGAAUCCACUAUCCCUUUACAAGAUACCCAUGAUUUGUUUUCUGCCCUCUUCCCAUCAUACUCCAGAUAUCUACAUGGAGGUUUUGGUGGGAUUGGAAGUGAAGAUAGUCAGUAUGUACAAACCAAUGCUGACAUGUUUGGACCUACCCCAGAUUUUACAUUCAAACCUGCUUGCUUUUAUCAACCAGAAGAGGACCUAAAUGAUGAACCAAGUAAACCUACAGACAUAGAAAUGACAGAGAGUGAUCGGAUUUAUCCUGGAAGUCGCAUAUCGAUACAUGAGAGUGUUAUGUCCAUACUAACCUUUGCCCAGACUGAAAAGUUGACAGGAGCAGCUCUUGGGCGGCUACUGUCACUCAUUGAUAUUCAUUGUCCUGCUAAAAAUAAUUUGGUAAAAAACACUGCUAAAUUAUACGAUCACCUUAAAUAUCUUAAUUCUGAUUUUGAACUGUCAUACUACUGCAACCUUUGUUGGAGAGCUAAAGAGUCUGCCCAUGAUUUGUGUGAUAAGUGCAAAGAUCCUAAAAGAAAGGUUCAUUUUUUUGUUCACUUUUCACUUGCUGAGCAGUUAAAAGCACUUUACAAACGACCAGCAUUUCUAGAGGCUUUAAAAUACCGUCAAACUCGAUCCAAAAUAAAUGAAAAUGCAAUUGAAGAUAUUAUUGAUGGUGAACUCUAUCAAGAGGUCCUGAAAGGUUUCCUGUCUGAUGUAAAUAAUUUAUCUCUGAUGUGGUAUACUGAUGGCAUCCAACUAUUCGAAAGCACCUCAUUCUCUAUUUGGCCUCAAUUUUUUGUACUUCUUGAGUUGCCUCCAGAACAAAGAUUUAAACCUGAAAACAUGUUAUUAGCUGGUCUUUGGGGCAGUCAGGACCACCCACACCCCAAUGUAGUACUAAGGCACAUUGUUAAUGAUUUAAUUACUUUAAGAGAAAAGGUAGUUGAGGUCCAACCUGCUAAUAGUAAUGAGUUGAAGGUUGUUAAGGUGUGUUGCUUGUGUGGUACUUGUGACAGCCCAGCCAAGUCAGCAUUUGCAAAUUUAAAGGGUCAUGCUGGUUAUUACUCUUGCCCUGUUUGUUUUAGUAAAGGUGAAAAGUCAGAAGCAACAGAAAAUGUCAUGGUUUUUCCCUUUGAAAAUGAAGUUUUUCUCAGGUCACUUGAGGGUUACUCUGAGCUUGUGAGUAACUCUGUCAAAGAGUAUAAGAAGUCAAAAGAUAAAGAUGAAUCAUGCAAAGGUGUUCAAGGGCCUACUUUGCUCUCUUUAAUGUUUUAUCUCUCAAUGUUCAAAAGUUUAGGCAUUGAUUCCAUGCACUGUAUAUUUAUGGGUGUGGUCAAACAAAUUUUACAUUUGUCAUUUGAUAGCAAGUUUAACCAGGAGCCAUUUUCUCUGCGUGAUAAACUUGAAGAAGUCGACUCACUUCUCUCUAACAUUCAAUUACCUAAAUUCGUUCAGAGAUUGCCUGUUAGCGUUGAUAAGCUUUCGUUCUGGAAAGCAUCACUUUGCCUUAAUUAUUUUUUUCAUAUGAUGUUGCCUGUUAUGAAAACUGUCAUGAAGCCGGAAUAUUUUGAACAUUUGUUAUUACUUGUAGAUUCUGUUGCAAUUUUAAACUCUUCUAGUAUUUCUCUAGAUGAUAUAGAAAAAGCUGAUGUGAUGCUGGGUAAAUUUGUAGAAGAUUUCUCAAAAUUGUAUAAAUUACGAAAUAUGUCACUAAAUGUACACUUGUGUCGCCAUCUAGCUACUUCUGUAAGAAAUUUAGGCCCUCUUUGGGCUACUAGCUGUUUUCCUUUUGAGGAUUUUAAUGGUAAGUUAAUCAACUUAGCCCAUGGAACUAGUGAUUCUCUUAUCCAAAUAAGUCGACGGUUUCCCAUUUUGACUGGUCUGUCUACAGAAAUUGAUAAGAUGUCUGUAGGUCCUGCCCGAGACUUUUGUGAGCAGCUACUUUUUAAGUGGAAAAGGUACCACAUAAAAGAGAGAAUUUCUGAUCAGUCUUUUGUUGUUGGUUUUUUUGAUCAAUCUUUAAUAUACAGCACAGAAAUCUCAGAGUUACUGUUAAGUCUUUUAAAAUAUGAACCAAAGUUUCAUACAUUUCCAAAACUGUACCAUAACAAACAGUUAUUUGUUGCCUCAUCCUACACAAGAAGUGUCCGAAAGUCCAGUGCUGUUAAAUAUGUUACCAGUGAAGGUGUCAAUUAUGGAGAUAUUUUAACAUUUGUUAAAGUUGUAGGGGUUAAUUAUUUUGCUCUCAUUAAAAAAUUUUGUGUUGCUCCUUUCAGUUGCACUUCCCCUACUCAGCUCUCAUACAUAUGUAAAGUGGUGGAUGUAGCUGGACAUGAUUUUGUUAAUAUUAAGGAUUUACAAUCAGUUUGUUUUUACAUCUCUGUUGGUGAUACUUGCUACAUCAGCAACACUCUAAACCAAUUUGAAAGGUUUUAGAAAGUGAAUAAAAAAAAAUUCAAUGACUUGA